AUGGCCAUUCUGUCGCGUUCACGCACCAGCAGGGAGACAACGCAACACGACCGUCACUCCACCUCCGCCAAUCGGCAGUCCACCGACCACGACAAUCACAUUAACCGCCCUCGCUAUACCGCAUCGCCGACACCACCCACCUCAGAUGAUGAAGACGGCCGACCAGCAAAGAAGCGAAAACUGAGCAUCCGCAACAGCAAGCAGCAGCAGCAGACACUCGACCACCACUUCCUCCCCCACCAAUCAGCGCCACCGAAGCCGCCGAACCAGGUGAAGCUGACACAGCCGCAUGGGCAGCUGCUCGAGACGCUCAAUGGAGUGCGGACGGUGCUCGACACCACCGAAGACGACCUUUCCCUCUCCCUCCCCAAAUCAGGUGUGGCGACGCCAAAGUCCACCACCAGGGUGUCUACGCUCACCCCGCAACCGCAACCCGCCAAUGCGCCGCCGAAGCAGGAGGACAAGCGCACGCUGCGGUCGCAAGACGACGGACCCAGGUUGAAGAGCGAGUUGGCGAUUUACUUUCCCAAUUAUGAGGAUGUGAUAUUUGAGGUGCCGAGGGAGGAAGACUUUCUGACGAUCGACACCACGUUGUACAUUGCGGAUGAUGCGCUGAAGCAGGUCAAGCAAGAGCAAGCUUCGCCUGGCGCAAAGAAGGCAGUGAAAGGCACGCCUUCAAGUGUACGCAAUGGCACGGCGAACAGGUCUCAGUACCCUGCUACACCGCAGCGCAGCAACUCGAACCAGUACAAUGGCAGUCCGAGCCUCAACCUGGACCUGAUCUCGCGUACCAUUCCCGACAACCCAGUCGAUCCCUUGUCCGACGACCACUACUCCAAGUCCCACAAGCGAGCCGAACGCAAAGAGAAGCAGCUCCGCAAUAUCGAAAAGGAACGAGCCAUGCAUGAGAAAGUACAACUAGACAGACUUCUAGCCGGCCUCCAGGGCCAUGACUGGCUGAAAAUCCUAGGCAUCACUGGGAUAACAGACGGCGAAGCGAAGAAAUUCGAGCCCAAACGCGACUUCUUCAUCGCAGAAGUAAAGGCUCUAGUCGACAAGUUCCGGCAAUGGAAGGAGCAAGAGAAGAAACAACGCCUAGACAAAGAGGCCGCUCUCGCCGCUCGGGAGGACGAAGCAGACGAGUCGGAUGCCGAUAGCGUCGGCCCCCCGAGCAGCGACCUCAACGCCUCCGCCGCGCGACAACUGCAGCAAGAAACCGCCUCCGCGCUCAAAUCCUCGACCACCAUCAAACUAUCCUCGAAAAGCAGAGACACACCUAAAUCUCAGCCUGCCUACCUCCCGCCCCCCGAGCCCGAAGUCCCCAUCACGAGCUUCUACGCCAAACGCCACCUCCGCGAAGCCGCGCUGGGGAAGUCGCGACAUGGCAGGAACGUGACGGCUUUCGGACAUCCUUUGCCGGAGAUGGGGGAGCGGGAGUUCGAGCUGCCGGGGGAGUAUUUGACGGCGGAGACGUUGAGGGCGAAUGCGAGGGAGAGGCGGCGGAGGAAGAGGGGGAGGGUUGCUGAGGGUGGUGGGGAGUGA